GUGAAGAUGUAUGUCCCUUGCGAAGAUCUAGCCUUGCAAUACGAUUUCCAAUCACGAGCGCAUGUGCUGUACUUUGCAGAGAAGCGUGGUGAUUUCACUUCAGGGUCUGUAUAAGUUCCGAGCUCUUGCAGCUGAGCUCAUCAUCACUUUCGUCUUCAGCUUUUCUCUCCUAGUCCCGCCGGAUAGAGUCAUUCUCAUAAUAGUGCUUCUUCGCUUUGGAUUGACUCUUCUCGGCCGAGACUAGCCUCGCAGCCCUCGUUCGGCCCUUGGUCAUUGCUCGAUACCUGCUUUGGAGCUCGACCUUCUCUCUUCUCUUCGUCCAUUUGCUCGGGCAGACAAUAUGGCUUCGGUCAUGCGAUCAAUCUUCUCCUCCGUUUUGGUCUCGGUUGUGGUCAUCUCCAGCGUUGGAGCAUCGAUGGCCCAGGCUCCAGCACCAGGCCCUGCAGUAGAAUCAGCAGCAGCCGGACUUCUUCCUGCCUCCAUUGUUGCCAGUCUCGUCGUCGCUCUGACAGGAUUCGCUGCGGCCCGAUAUCUUUGAAGCUAGAGCAUCUUCAACAGAAACAUAAUCAUAUAUCUUCAGAAACCAUGGAGAUUAAAUUCACUGGGCCUGCGCUCACUUACAAGUCGCAAUCAGCGUCCUAAUAUUGAACUCACUGGGGAUUGUAGAAAUUUCUUAGACAGAGUAAGUUGAAGCCCUCAUGAAAUAUUUUUGAAGUUGGGUAUACUUGUUUCCAAUUGCGAGAAGAGUAUCAGUCUGUUCAGGUACCUCGUAUGAAUAGACACGGGGAGUUAGAUCUUUUGAUAGUGAUAAUUUGUUGGGUGUCAAGCAGCAGAAUCUGAUCACAGCUAGUUCUGGAACCAUAAGAAGCUGUAUUCGAACUUCUUCUGUCUAUAAAAUCCAGCUUGAUUGUCUCCAAGGUCCUGUCAUCAAACAUUUGACUCGAUAAGC